UGGGAUUGCCUCCGGAUCUUAUUGCUAUUUUAAACCGCUUGAUUGCCCGUUUUCUUGAGGUGUGUUAGAGAAUUCGAGGAGCUUUCCAAAUCGCCGAGGAUUUCAUCCCGCUUUCUAAGUGUGUGUCUUUGAUCUUGAAUUCUUCUCGUCCAGGUGAAGUUGAAGUAUUCGCUUGGAUUAGGUUUUGGGGUUGAAUUUUCUACUCUAAUUGUGACCGGUCUUUCUGGACAGCUCUUAUUUGAUCCUCAAGUUGAUAUUGCAUCCCUAGGUGUUGAAAAACUACAGAAAUGGGGCAAUCCUUAUGUUGCAUUCAGGUUGACCAGUCCAGAGUGGCCAUUAGAGAAACAUUUGGGAAAUUCGAUGAUGUGCUUGAACCAGGUUGUCACUGCUUACCUUGGUGUUUUGGGAAGAAAGUGGCUGGUUAUCUUUCACUGCGUGUUCAGCAGCUUGAUGUCCGCUGUGAAACAAAAACAAAGGAUAAUGUUUUUGUCACUGUUGUUGCAUCUAUUCAGUAUCGUGCCUUGGCUGACCGCGCAUCAGAUGCUUUCUACAAGCUUAGCAAUACAAGGGAGCAAAUCCAAUCCUAUGUUUUUGAUGUGAUCAGAGCAAGUGUUCCCAAGCUGAAUUUAGAUGAUGUCUUUGAGCAAAAGAAUGAAAUUGCCAAGGCUGUAGAAGAGGAGCUGGAGAAGGCCAUGGCAGCAUAUGGUUAUGAAAUUGUUCAGACACUCAUUGUGGAUAUUGAACCUGAUGAGCAUGUUAAGAGAGCAAUGAACGAGAUAAAUGCAGCUGCCAGGCUAAGGGUUGCUGCGAACGAGAAAGCAGAAGCCGAGAAAAUAUUGCAGAUCAAGCGGGCCGAAGGGGAUGCAGAAUCCAAAUACCUAGCAGGCCUGGGAAUAGCUCGCCAGCGUCAGGCAAUUGUGGAUGGUCUGAGAGAUAGCGUACUUGCGUUCUCAGUUAAUGUUCCUGGCACAACAGCGAAGGAUGUCAUGGACAUGGUUCUGGUUACUCAGUAUUUCGACACGAUGAAGGAGAUCGGUGCCUCUUCGAAAUCCAAUUCGGUGUUCAUCCCUCAUGGACCUGGUGCUGUUAAGGACAUUGCCUCGCAGAUAAGGGAUGGCCUUCUUCAGGCCAACUCCAUGUCCCAGUGAACGUUUUAUAAUUUGAGUUUGUUGUGUCUCCAAUUUACUUCAUCUGGUUUUCUUGGUUGCUUAUGAAAAAAUAAAGUGUAGUGUGUCUGUAUAGGAGGUAAGUAUUUCCAAUUUAAGGUUUGAUAUGCUUAGUAUGUGAAACUUUAUUAUGGUUGUAUGCUGGUUCUUCCAGAGUGGAUAAUUUUGUAGAUAUGAUUGACGUGGAUGUAUAUAUAUAUACAUGCUUAUUAUA